UUCAGUGCGAAGUCGACAUUAUCUAGAGGAAAAACUCCAUAAACUUCCUCUGCAGUGUAUUGUAUAACGAUUGGUGUAUGGUUUUGUUAGAUACUCUAAAAUUAUUCUCGAUUUGUGCAAUACUUUAUGUACAUUUCUAUAUUUGGUCAGUCGCAGCCGUAAACUGUACAUCCCGAGUGUAAAAGUUUUUAGGUUUUAUCCCUGAAAAUUCGCAUAUGAAGUAUCCUACAUCGAAAAACUUGUUAGCUAUUGUAUACCGUUUGAAGAUUUUGUUUUGCAGUUGCUGUGUCUUAAGUGUGUAUAUCCAGCUGGUGACGAGUUUUUCUCUGAGACAACCUGCGAAACGGACUGCAAUAGUGUAUCGUGCAUCAAGAAAGAUAAAUCAAAUAUCUUGGGGUCGGGGUUUUUGUGUUUGAUAAAUUGCUCGUUUUGACCAUCAAUAUAAAGUGCUGGUCCUGUUGGUGUUUCUGCGUAAAGCGUGUACUUAUUCUCCUCAAUCGAUGUGCAAAUAACGCGAUAUAAUAACCUAAAGGCGCCCCUGCUAAAACAGUAAGGAAACAAGAACGAGUCCUGUUAAGAAAAUGCGUGAAUUCAAGGUCGUUGUCCUGGGGUCUGGAGGCGUUGGAAAGUCAGCUCUAACAGUUCAGUUUGUUUCCGGGUGUUUCAUAGAGAAGUACGAUCCCACCAUCGAGGAUUUCUACAGGAAGGAGAUAGAGGUGGACAACUCUCCAUGCGUUCUUGAAAUUCUGGACACAGCUGGAACAGAGCAAUUUGCCUCGAUGCGAGAUCUUUAUAUAAAAAAUGGCCACGGCUUUAUCGUCAUGUAUUCUUUAACAAACCAUCAAACAUUUCAGGAUAUCGCGAGUAUGCGAAAUGUGAUCAGCCGUGUAAAAGGUAGUCAACCAGCACCCAUCCUCCUAGUCGCCAACAAGCUAGAUUUAGAUUGCCAAAGAGAAGUGUCAACGGCCGAAGGAAACGCUCUUGCGGAACAGUGGGACUGUCCUUUCAUUGAAGCAUCUGCGAAAGAUCGCAUCAACGUGAACGAAGUCUUCGCCACCGUUGUUCGGGAAAUGAAUAUGACCUCCGAAAAACGUCAGAAGAAGAGUUACUGCUGUUGUACAUUGUUAUAGAAGUGGCAUUAGGUCUUAUUUUAAUCCAAGUAAUACAUAAUAAAAGGAAUGAAAAAUUAGUCCACACUCUUUGAGUGGAAAUGGAGGAUAAAAAGAAAAUAUUACAUGGUAGGUUUGAGUAUGCUAAACGAUUAAGUUGUGUGAGCCUGUCCACGCUCCUUCGAUCGGUACCGCUUUUAAGUUUUCAACUGGCAGCAGCAGGCUACAGAACGAUGAAGAACUUAAACAAUCUUACUCAAUUACAAUCAUAUGAUCACUACAAUCAACUUUGUAGGCGCGCCUAUUACUUUACAACCCUUGCGUCUUGCAUGCUCCUUGCAUGUGAAUGUUUUAACAAACCAUAAUUAUUUUUUUUACUGAAAAUUUGGAUUUUCUGUAUUUUUUACUUGUAUAUUCUUGCUCGAUUUGAAGAAGUGUACAACAAUUUAAGAAAAUAUAACCAUAAAUAAGUGAAACACAGAGAGGUAAUUAUAUUUACCAUCGAUGUCGGCAGAUUAGCUAGAGUGGAAUGAAUCAAGCAUAACGAAGAAAUCAUAGAUACCACCAUUUUGAGUAUAGUAUCAAACGCGAACAGGAAGCUAACCAAAUGCAUCAAAAAUAUAAGCAACCGAUAAAGGCACGAUGACGAUGAGGAAUAAAAAGGAAGCAGGGACAGUACUAGUAGUAUCAAAUAGGAAACCUAAAUUAAUAAUGAAAUGUAACAGAUAAUAAUUAUUGGUAAUGCUAUAAAAUAUACACAUGUGUACGGGGGCGUAGAAAAGCAAGAAAAAUAAAAUAGCAGUAAGGGUGAA